UGGUUGAGAAAGUUUCCAAUCCCGUUGAAAGAAGAUACCAGAGCCAGCAGGCAGGCAACUCCGACGUUAGAAAAGAAAAGAAAUAAUCAUUUGGCGCCGACGUACGCGCACACAAUCUCUCUCUCUCUCUCUCUCUCUCACUGAGUCACUCUCUCUGUUUUAGGAACUCUGUAAAGAGGAGAAGAAAAGAAAUACAAUCACAACUGAGAUAUCGAAAUGAAUCUGUACGCGCACGACCGCUCUCUCUUGGACGACUAUAACCUCGACUUCUUCGAUGCCAUUCUUCAACCGUUCUCUCAUCGCCGGGAUUCUUCCUCUUCGAAUUCCACGAUUGACACUGACGACGACGACGACGAUCUUCUGGACAGCUACAAGCCCAAUUCUGCUUACCGCGUGUUGCCCAAUCGCAGCCCUCCCAAGCACCGCCACGACGGAAAGUCGCCGCUCCCUUUGGGUAUGGAUUGGAGCCCCCCUCCUCGCAAAUGGGAUGGACGUGAAACUGUCUGGCCGCAUGAUUUCCACACUGGUUGGAGUUACUGCAUCUCAAUUCCUUCUUGGGUUUUCCUUUCCAAAUCAAGAGGCUCAGAUCCUGUGGUGUUUUACAGGGUUCAAGUUGGUUUACAAUCACCAGAAGGAAUCACCACAAUUCGAGGGAUAUUACGCAGAUUUAACGAUUUUUUAAAGCUUUUUUCUGAAGUCAGGCAGGUUUUUCCUAAGAAGAAUCUGCCUCCAGCUCCUCCAAAGGGGAUUUUGAAAAUAAAAAGCCAGACUCUGUUGGAAGAGCGGAGGUAUUCUUUGGAGGAUUGGAUGGGAAAACUAUUGUCAGACAUUGAUGUAUCAAGAAGUGCUCCUGUGGCAACCUUUCUUGAGCUAGAAGCCGCUGUGAGGUCUUCAUUCUGUGAUGAGAAUCAGCAAAUUCCAGAUGCUAAUUCUUCAACUGGUGGUGUGGUUCUAUCAUCUCUGCUCCGUUCCAACUCAGAUGUGUCUGGGCUUGCUGGUGGUUUGUUUGCAUCAGAUCAUGGUAAUGAUACUCCUUAUGAGAUAUCUGAGGUUGGAACACCAAGGUGUCAGAAUGAUAAUUCUACUGAUCCUGGCUUGGAGAAAUCUGUAUCCGAACAAUACUUAAUUGAUCCAUAUAAAAGGACUGUCAAACAUGGCUUGUUUAACAGAAAAUUUAUUCAGGAGAGCCUACAAAGCUUUUCGAGGCAUAGAAUGAAUAUGGGAAGUCAGGUCAAUAAUAUAGGCAGGGAUGAGGUAAUUGGGAAUAAUUCUGGUGCUAAACCUCUCCGUGUAGAUGGAACGAAGUUUUUUCCUGAACUAGGGGAUUGCGAGGUGGAUGGCCAUGUUCGUAGACUCUCGACAGAGAGUGUUGGAAGUGACUUAAGUUCUGUAAGAGGAAGUGAAAUGUCAAAUACAGGGGAAGCCAAUAUUUUUGGUGGUUACCCUCAUCAUUCCAGAGGUUCUGAAGCUCCAAAAAACACGGAUUCUUUUGUAAAUCCAUAUUCACAGCUUCCAAGGGACUUUCUGGUUGCUCUUCCAUCUGAUGAACGAUAUAGACUGAACAGAGUACUUGUUACCAUGCAGCAGAGACUAGCCACAGCAAAAACAGACUUGGAGGACCUUAUAGCAAGAUUGAAUCAAGAAGUUUUGGUGAGACAAUUUCUCACAACAAAGGUCAAAGAUUUGGAAGUGGAAUCUGAGAUUACUAGACAGAAUUGUAAAGAAAACAUGCAGCAGGCUGUUUUAACUGAAAAGGAGAAAUUGACACAAAUGCAGUGGGAUAUGGAGGAGCUUCAUGCAAAGUGCUUGGAGAUGGAAUUAAAAUUGAAGCUGGAACAGGAUGAAAAGGUGCGUGCAGAGUCAACCAAAAUAGCAAUCGUUCAGGAGAACAAAAUGUUGCUGCAUGAGUUAGAUGUUGCCAGAGAACAGCUUGAAAACUUGCAGAAACAACAUGAAGAGUUUGAGGUAAAAUCAAAGGCAGACAUUAAGUUGCUUGUUAAAGAGGUCAAAUCUCUUCGAAGUUCUCAGUUAGAAUUGAAGCAGGAGCUCAGCCGACUAAUGAAAGAAAAAUUAGAAGCAGAGAGGAGUCUUCAAAAGGAAAGGCAAAGAAUGGAACGUGCAAAUACUGCUAAUACAAAGUUUCUGCAUGAAUGUGGAAUUCUUCGUGGUAGGCUUCAAGAAUGUAGUCUUAAUUUUCUCGUUGAAGAGGAAGAUGAAUUAACUUUGGACACUUCAUCACCAUCUGAUGCCAUAGAUCUGUUGAUAACAUCUGAUAAUAGAAUUGGCCUUCUACUUGCAGAGGCACAGCUUCUUGCACAGGAUGUAGAAAAUGCUGUUGCAGUAGUGGACGAAUCUCGCAAUGUAAAUGGCAGUAAUAAAAGAACAACAGAUGAUGAGUUGAGGAAGAUGUUGACAGAUGUAUUCGUUGAAAAUGCUGGAUUAAGGAAACAGGUUAACUCAGUAAUCCGUUGUGCUUUAAACACAAAUGGCACACCUGAGCGAGAUGAUGAGGACGAGGAAGUUCCAUUGAGAAAAACUGUUCUAAGCAAGUUUUUAGAACGAUAACAUGGUUGAUCUUCUAUAUGAAUAUAUGGUUUUCUGAAACAUUCUAUUUUGUCAUCCCAGUAAAUGCAGUAGAAACGCAGAGUUUUGUAGUUCUGUAUAGUAUCAGGUCUGCUACUAAAUGACAUUGUUGUAUCAUAUCGUUCCUUGAAAAAAUUAAUUUGAGAAGCUCGCGGGCAUUUGCAGUGA